ACCACGCAGCCUUCCUGACCGGAGUGGAGCGCACUGCCGUUCCGCGGCCCUUUGUUCCCGUCCUCGGUGUCUCUCGCUCUCGCUUGGCAAUCUGCAGUCUCUCGUCCUCUGCCUAGCCUCACUGUGCACCGGGCUGGAUUAUCCACAAGAAUGGCUGUCAACCUGACCGCGAACAGACAGGUCCUGCUCACUGCCUACAGCGAUGUGAUCUCGGAGACGUCCCGCACGGAUUGGGCCCUGUUCACCUAUGAAGGCACCACAGAUAACCUCACUCUCAUCUGCUCUGGAGAGGAAGGCCUGGCCGGCAUCACCCCACUCUUUGAUAACGGCCGCAUCAUGUACGGGUUCCUGGGCGUCAAGGAGCCUGCCAGCGCCGUGCUGCCUCAGUACAUCCUCAUCAACUGGGUCGGGGAGGACGUGGCGGACGCCAGGAAGUGCACCUGUGCGAGUCAUGUGGCCACCAUCGCAGACUUCUUCCAGGGUGUUAACCUGACGGUGAAUGCCAGCUGUCUGGAGGACAUUGACCCCUCUGCCAUCAGCCAGAGACUGACCAAUGGGGCGGCCACUGGAACCGGUGCUGUGCUCAGCCGCCUCCGAGCCAAGGAGGACGACAACGUGGGAUCAAACCUCCAGAAGGCCAACUCUGCUGUUGAAGUCCGCAACAUGAACUGGGAACAGUUCUGGCUACAGGCCCAGCGUGAGGAGGAGCAGAGGAAGGAGGAGGACAGGAAGAGGGCUCUGGAGGAGAGGCAGCGCUUCGAGGAGGAGCGUCAGGCCCUGGAGCUCAGGGAGCAGGAGGAGAGAGACAAACGCAACCGCGAGAGGGACACACAGAUCGAGGAGUGCAGGAGGAAGAGAGUGGAGGAGGAGGAGGAGAUGGAGAAGGCUAGGCGAAGAAUCACUGUAAGACCUGAACCUGAUGAGCAGGCACAGCCUGAUAAGAAAGAGGUAGAGGUGAGCGAGGCGGCCGCCAUCAUUGCACAGCGCACGUCAAACCCACGGGACUACUUCCGACAGCGGGAGAGGAGCCUGGCGUCCCCCCACUCCCCCUCCGCCAACACCCCCAUCCAGAGGCCGGGCCGCGUGGAGAGCCCGUUUCUCUCUCAGCAGUGUUCCACGAGUGCUUCCCCUGUGCUGCAGCAGCCAGGUAUACCUGACGGUCUCUCUGAUGACGUCCCGAUGAACGUGGCCCCCACCCCCCCCGACUCUCCCCCUGCAGCACCCCAGCCCACCUCCACCAUCCCCCCCAUCCCCACCAUCAUCACCACCUCCAUCCAGGACUCCGACCACACCAUGGAGUGGGGUGAAGCGGACCCGUCCGCCCCGUCCUACUCCGACAACCUGAUGGACGACCAGAACUUCUGCCCCUCCAGCAGCACCGGCACCGACCCGUUUGGGGACGCCUUCACCGACCCAAAAGCCAGCAGCACCACCACCACCUCCUCCCACGGCCCGGUCACGGCCACCUCCUCUUCCUCCUCCUCCUCCUCCUCCUCCUCCUCGGCCGCCGCCGGUGUGCGUCCGCAGCCGCUGCUCAGCUUCGACGAGGCGCCGGAGGCCGACUCCAGCUUGGGCGCGGAGGACGAGCCGUCCAGCCUGGUCAACGUGUCCAGCCACGAGCCGGACCAGAUGACCUCCAGCUACCAGCAGGCCCUGCAGCACGCCUCCCUGGCCGGCCUCGAGGACCUGGACCUGGGCCUGGGGGAGAGGGACAGCCCCCUCCUCAUGACCAACGGAGACGCCCAGCAGCAGCAGAAGCAGGGCAACGAUGGCUACUUCUCUCAUGAGGGCGAAGACACCAUUCCUAAGAUGCCCAUGUACUCCACACCCCCUGCAAUUGAUGUGACCUGCUGGGAUGCUGACGGAGAUGAUUAAAGGUGGAGGACCAGCGGCGUCUCCCUGGCGACGUCUCCAGGACGACGUCUCCAUGGCAGUUUAAAUACAAGCAUCUUGCAUCAAACGAUAAAAGUAACAUUUAAAAAAAAAAAACAGAAUUAUGAUUUCAGAGGGAAAAAAAAUAUCCACCAACGAAUGAUUUAGGGUAUUGUUAAAGAUGCCAGUGGGUAGAGGAGCUCUUGGGGUGUGUGUGUGUGUGUGUGUGUGUGUGUGUGGCCGCGAGUGUUUCUGUGUGUGAGUGUGUGAGUCCGAGAGAGAGUUUGCACGUGUGUGUGUGUGUGUGCGAGUGUUCUAACUUAUUUAUUUCUCUCUUUUGCUAUGCAGAGUAGUGCUCAGUGCUGGUGUGUGGUAGCACUAAUGUGUGUCAUGUGGAAACGUUAGACCCCGUGUUACAAUCAAGAGUGCAGCAUCGUAGCAAACGGAUAAUCUCACUCUCAUAUUAUCUGUGUUAGACACGCAAACCCUCUCCUGCUCAGCCAUGGCCUCGUGCCAUGUCUUCUCUGUGCAAACUGUCUGACCGUCUGUCAGUCCCGCGACCGCCCGUCUGGAUGGAGAAGGCCUAGGUGCCUACCGUAGAUUAUGGAGCGUUAUGAAGGAGAAGAAAUCCACGCUUUUAGUGUUGAAGGAGGCAGCCCGCCUCUGUUGUUCUUAUUAUGUUUUUUUUAUGACGGUUGGUUGUUCGUUUUGUUGUUUUUUUUUAUGGUGAAGGUGGACAGUGCAUAUCAGACAGUGCUGUCCAGCUGUGACGUUCUGAGUAGUCAUCCCAUUAGUUUUGACAAACGAAAUUAUAUAAAAUAUUUUGUAUUUGUGUUUGUGCCAAUUUUUGCAAUAUUGUGUGAUGUGGUUCCACUCGGCCAUGUGAGUGCAGUGUCUCCUGUGGGUCGAGCGGAGUGGAAGAGAGUGGACACCCGUCUAUUAACUACCUAGCAAGCAUGCUAAUCAAGCCCAGGCAACCGUUGCGUCUGCUCCAGAUAUGGCCCACAUCUGGCUUGGACCUGGGCCGAAUUUGUCUGGUCGUUUAUGAACCAGAAGUGACGUUGUGCGCUUGGAUUGUUUAUAUGGUAACUCAGUGUAAACAACGGUUGUCAAAGUCUGUAUUUGUUUGAUAUUUUUAUAUUUUAGCAGCUAUCGCUAGAUAGCUGACAAUGCUAAAAAGUUGUAGUGCAAGUGGUUGUGAUUGGUUGCUGGGUUUUGACAGCUAUUUUAUUUCCGCUAAGUUACCAUGCAACGCAAUCGAGCAACAUCAUUUAUGACUAUUCACCGGAUCGCAACAAAUCUGGUUGGGUCCCGUUGACUGUGUCUAAUCACAGCUGGUUCUGACCCGGUUGAGAUCCGUUCAAGAUCCACGUUGGGCUUGUUCAGCCAUGUCUGGUCCAAUGGCAGCUCUCCACCUGGCAAGCCAUUUAGCAGAGAGAGUGUCGUGGAUACGUAAACUAAUUUAGGCAAUAACUAAUGUUUCUACAGCACUCAUUUGGAAUGGCUGUUUACAUCUGAAAUUAAACUGUGUGUGUGUGUGUGUGUGUGUGUGUGUGUGUGUGUGUGUGUGGCUGUGUGCGCAUGAGUGUGUGGUUGUGUAUGUGUGUCUGUGUUGCUGGUAGGGCUUGUGUGUUUGUGACAUACCUGUACAAACUAUAUUGGAACUCUUGGCAGAAAGUCACUUCCUGUUAGGGAUUAUGUCAUUCUCUUGUUUGGUUUCCGCUUUGCUCAUUUGAUCUCCAAUCCUACAACUACGGAAUAGCGUUCAGCCAUAAAACAAAUAAUCAUUUGAUGUCCGAUCCUACCACUACAGAAUAGCGUUCCCAUAGUAGCCAUAACACAUUUGAUCAGCAGGUAGAACACGGCAACAGGUGCUUCGCAACGACACUCAAAGAAACAGGCAAGACCCAGUGGUAUAGUGGGCGUGCGUUAGAGAGAAGCAUAAAUAACGUCCGUAAAAGCAGCGUUUCACACCCUGUUAACACAUUCUGUGGAGGUCAUCUCCGUAACAAUGAUGGUAACAGCAUCAGAGCAUCCCUGCAUUUGUCCAGUCAUCGUGUAGAGUCCACUCAUCAUCAAGUCCAGUGGCCACAGGAAGUAGUUGACAGGACACCGCGUGGUGUCUGCUACUGGGCCCUGGAGCUGAUUAGGAGUUGACCAGACUAGAGGUUUGAAAGGCUCUGACUGACGCACACCAUCCAUACAUGUCCAUCCAUGUCUGUCGCUGUCGCCACGUAUGCUUUACUGGGCCAGAAGCUCUCGCUGUGGAGAACGAGACCCAGCCAUUUUGAGACUUUACUCUGAGAGAUCGGUGUGGUGGUUAAAACAAAACAUCUCAGAACCGCUGGAAGUGAAAUGCAAUUUUUCAUCACAGUGUGAAGAACUUCUGCUAGUGAACAGUAGGGGGAGCCAUGCUCUGGGUCAGCCCACUCUGACCAGUCCUGACCUGACGUGAGCAGUAAAUACACCCCUCACGACUGGAGGGAGGACACUGUGUGUGCAUGUGCGUGUGCGUGCGUGUGUGCGUGCGUGAGUGUAGAGAGAUCUACUAGAGAAGAGUGGCCCAUCUCUCAAUUAGCGUCACUCUAGAAGUCCGGUCUGUUCUUAGGAAGCCAGUUGAUUUUUCCAGUUUAUUCAUUUACGCCAAAUCACUGCCAAUCCCCCUACGACUCAGAUAUAGUUCAGAUGCAUUUGAGUCACAUAUACUUCAAUAUCUAGAGUGGCAUAACGUCUACAUAUACUAUCGCGUUUGUGUUAAAGUCUUACUGUACGUACUGCAAGAAGUAGGCCAUCCUUAGCUUGGAAGCUUCAUGAAUAUUAACUGUCCUUAAUCCUUAGACCAAAUUACAGUACACCUCUGACAUGUACUCUCUUGCACAUGUGCACUAUAUGUUUUCAUUAUUACCAUGCUGUGUUUUGAGUUUUAUAAAUUCUCAAGCAAAUACUCUAUUAAGGCUUAGACUGUCCUCUGUCUUCCUAGCUUGCUUUGAUUGAUUUUGUUAUUAUUUGUUUGUUUGUUUGUUUGUUUCUUGUACUACGCUUCAAGUGAUUCAGUAUACCCUGUUAAACAUCACUGCAUUUUAACCACAUGAAUGGGAAAUCACAUGUGAGAGCAAUAAACGCCUGAGCAAAGUAGUGUUGUUCUGUACAUAGAGCUGGGGUUGAUCUCAUAGCGACGCUACACAUAGCUACUCUGCUAAACUGACUGAGUUCUGGUCUUUCCAGAAGUUUCUGUACCAAGAGAAGGAGAGUUUCCCUCUGGCCUCUGGGGAAGGAGCAGGGCCCCGCGCAUCUUUAACAAUAACCAACACCGACCGACGCCCUCCCAAAUUUCAGUGUGCCCCCCCCCCCCCAGCCCCUUGGCCCCCCGGUAGUGAUUAUUAUUGCCCCCCCCUUACUCCACACUACAACUAGGAGACUAUUAUCACCGCCACUCCUACGACUAGUGCUUCUACUAUACUGUAUUAUACAAACACAACAAUACUACUCCUCCCUUCUCUCUCUCUCUCUCCCAGAUGCAAGGCUAGGCGAUUUUUUUUUUCUUUUUUUGGGAAAAUAUAUAUAUAUAUAAAUAUAUAAUUUUCUAAAUUAUCUCUUUCCCUGUUUUCGGUCUGCUUCUCACACACUGUUUUUGAAACAAGCACAAGAUUUUUGUGACAUGCUAUGUGCUUAUGUAUGUUAAUAAAAGACUUUGAAAAAU